CUGAUUGAUAUUUAUUUUUUCUUAGCUUUUCUUGUCGUCACUCGUCCGUUUUUGCUUUCAACUUUCGAGUUCCAGUUCAGCGUAGUGGACUGUAAAGGAUUAAAAGGAUAUUCUGUUUUGAUAGUUUGUUCUUUUAGUCGAUGUAAUAGUCGUGGACAUGUAAACACAGUAACUUAAUUGAGAUGCUUAAAAAUGCACAUAUUAUGUUACUUAGGUCAUUAAACAUAACAGGCCGACGUGUGAUUAAUUUGAGUAAAUAAUGCAGUUGAAUGAUAGCUGUAAUAUGCGUCAGAAAUGGGGUUGACCCGCAAGAAGCUUUUUAUAUUUUUAACCGGUCUCCAAUUAUUAUCUCUAGUGUUUGGAGAUGGGUUAGGUGUCAAUGUUGAUACUGUGUGUAACUCUUCAAUAUCACAGCGUGUUAAUUACGAGUUUAAUUCAGAUGUUGUGAAUAGUGAACAUAUAAUAACAUACAAGGGUUAUUUUCCGCGAUCAACAAGGGAAAAUUAUGUAACUGCGGCUUUGAGGAAUGCAGGGAUAUCGAAUUGGACGCUCUUGCAACGGGAUAACCCAGCCAAAGAAUAUCCAAGUGACUUUGAUGUAAUUAUCCUGGAAGAUGAAGGAAGACGUGCACUUGAUGCACUGAAAGACCAUCCAGCCAUCCGCCGUGUUACCGCGCAGCGGCAAGUCACACGUACUAUUAAAUACAUUCGUGAGGAUGAUUGUGGACCAGCUGGAUGUUUAUAUGCGGGAUGGCGUAAUCAUCGAGUGCGAGGACCGAAAUCCCUAAGGCAGCCGCGUGAGAAUGGUGGUUACACGUCCAGGAAGUUGUUGCGGACUGUCCCUCGGCAAAUAACAUCGGUUUUGAAAGCUGAUUUGCUUUGGUCCCUUGGUGUAACUGGUGAGGGUAUAAGGGUUGCAGUAUUCGACACGGGGUUAGCUCGAAAUCACCCACAUUUUGGGCGUGUCCGUGAACGUACCGAUUGGACCGGCGAAAACACAUUAGACGAUGCUCUAGGUCAUGGGACUUUCGUGGCUGGCGUAAUCGCAUCCCGAGCCGAAUGUCUUGGCUUUGCACCUGAUGCAGAUUUACAUAUUUUCCGCGUCUUCACUGACAAUCAGGUAUCGUACACAUCGUGGUUUCUGGACGCUUUUAACUACGCAAUUAUGCGUAAAAUUGAUGUGCUUAACCUGAGCAUUGGCGGACCAGACUUCAUGGAUCAUCCGUUUGUUGAUAAAGUUUGGGAGCUUAGUGCGAAUAAGGUAAUCAUGGUGUCUGCAAUAGGUAACGACGGUCCGUUGUAUGGCACUCUCAACAAUCCGGCAGACCAAAUGGAUGUCAUUGGCGUAGGAGGCAUCGGGUUCGAUGACAGGAUUGCAAAGUUUUCGUCCAGAGGCAUGACCACAUGGGAACUGCCACACGGCUAUGGUCGUAUGAAGCCUGACAUCGUAACUUACGGUAGCGGCGUCAGGGGCUCGAGUGUAAAUGGAGGUUGCCGGUCACUUAGUGGUACGUCAGUAGCAUCGCCCGUCGUUGCCGGUGCCAUAGCGUUGUUGGCAAGUGGCGUACCGCGUCAUAAUUUGACGCCCGCUGCAGUGAAGCAAGCUUUGUGUAUGACGGCGCUGCGACUGCCCGGACCCAACAUGUUCGAACAGGGACAUGGCAAACUGGACCUUAUUAGCGCUUAUCAGUUUCUCCGCAAAUACGAGCCUCAAGCUUCGUUGAGUCCAAGCUACAUCGACCUCACGGAGUGUCAAUACAUGUGGCCGUACUGCACCCAGCCUUUGUAUUACAGCGCGCAGCCCACCAUAGCCAAUGUCACCGUCAUCAAUGGAUUGGGAGUUUCGGGGAGAGUAAAAGACGUGUCGUGGCACCCGCACCUGCCAAACGGCGUGCUUCUGUCAGUAUCAGCUGAGUACAGUCCCAUCCUCUGGCCUUGGUCUGGUUGGCUAGCACUGAGCUUCAGCGUAAUUGAAGAAGGCGCCGAUUUCGAUGGGAUUAUUGAGGGUCACAUGAACAUCACGGUCGAAAGCGACGAUGACUCCGGAGAGAAAAUUAUGAGGAAUGCUACGCUUACACUUCCUAUACGAGCUCGCGUUAUCCCAGUCCCGGUGCGUUCGCGUCGCCUCCUGUGGGACCAGUUCCACAGUCUGCGCUACCCGGGCGGCUACUUCCCACGCGACGACCUUCGCGCUAAGCACGACCCGCUCGAUUGGCACGCCGACCAUGUCCACACUAACUUCCGCGACAUGUACCGCCGCCUUCGAGAACACGGCUUCUAUUUGGAAGUUAUGGGAUGUCCCUUAACCUGCAUUGACACAUCGUUGUACGGAGCGUUGCUGCUAGUGGACCCGGAAGACGAGUACUUCCCGGAAGAAAUGGCUGCGCUGAAGAAAGCCGUUGACUCCGGCAUGUCCCUCGUAGUAUUUGCUGACUGGUACAACGCUUCGUUACUGCGCCACGUUAAGUUUUACGACGAAAAUACUCGACAAUGGUGGAUACCUGAAACAGGCGGUGCCAACGUGCCCGCAUUGAACGAUUUACUUAGCAUGUAUCAAGUAGCACUGGGUGAUCGCGUUUUUGAAGGAGCAUUCAGAUUGGGCGGCCAUCCAAUGUACUACGCGAGUGGAACUCAUAUCCACAGCUUUCCGGAACAUGGAAUCCUGAUAACUGCCCCUCUCAGCGACCAGGGCCAUCAAAUAAUGUCUGGUGAAAAGCCGGGCGGGGGAGGCGGUGCGUCGGCCGGUGCGCAGACGGUCGACGUGCCGAUAUUAGGACUACUGCAGACCGACGGCGAAACUAGGGACUACACCAACGAUACCAGCGACAGGCUGCCUAAGGCUGGUCGCCUGGUGGUGUAUGGCGACUCUUCGUGUUUGGAGGGCGGCGCUGCCCGCAACUGCCACUGGUUACUGCUCGCCGCGCUACAGUACGCCCUCGUCGGACACCUGCCCUCCUCCCUCAAGGACGCAGCCACACCACACCAGCAUCGACUACGAGAUGUACAUAUUAUACCUUCAGAGUUACCACAGCGAGCAGAAGGGGGUCGCUUGCACGUAUACUCCAGGGUUUUGUCUCCCGACGGCAGCGGACCGCGGCCCGUACCGGAGUGUAUGACCCCUACACCAGUGAGACCCCAUCCGAUUCAUGCUCCACCCUCAGCCCGUACUCUAGCCCCGCGACAUCAACCUACUGAUCCAAAAAGCAUUGGUGCUCCGGAUAUAGAGGGUACGGAGCCUGCACCGCGUACCUGGCGUGGAGCUGGGGCUGCGCCAUCGCGCGCUCAUGGUGGGGCGGAGCACCAGAGUCCAAGUAUGGCUAGCCGCGCCUUGACGCUGCUGGCCAUCAUAGCCGUCGUGUACUGCCUCACCGCCGCCUGGAAGCGUUGCGGCCGCAAGCUGCGCCGCCGGAGGCUCAUGUCGUUAGCCACGUAGCGCGAUACUAAUUGUGAUAGAGCAAAACAAAGAACAAGUCACGUGAUAAGAACCUAACGUGGGGCCAAAUAAAUAUUUACGACUGAAUGUGAUCGAAAAAAGUUUACUUCAGUAAUAGAGUAUGACUUAUGAUAGGUUAACAGGGGACGCGUACUAUAGUUUUAUUAGCGGCUCAAGCAACGUAGAACGUCCUAAUCACAAAACUUAACUUAAAGAUAAUUUGCAUGUAAUUUCGUUGUAGUAAGCACAGUGGCGUGGCACUACGAGUAGCAAAUAACAUGAAAAUACUUACACGUUUGUUAUAAUUUAUUGAUGUACCGGUAUGCUCGGUAAGUUGUUAUGUAAUAGUUAAAUUGUAGCUCGUCGUAUCUUAGGAUAAAAUAAACUUAAUAUUUUGGAUAAAGUUUACGCGCAACAAGACACCGUUGUCUACAAAUAAGUCACAAUUUACAUUUUCCGAUAUUAUAACAUGGAGAUCUCGUUAAUCACACGGUGUGCACUAUGCACAAAUAGGUACCGAACGCUACGUUCGCGAGUGCGAUAGCUAAUCUUUACUUAAAACUAAGUACUCUAAACAAUUAACUCAACUAAUUUAUUAGUAAGGGCCUUAAUUAAGUUACCAAAAUGUACCUCAUUGCAAUGGGACUAACUUAUCUAUGUAUUGUCUUCGCUUUACUUGUCGAUAUUAAUACAAAGGUCACAGAAAUUAUAUAUUUGUACUAAGUGCUAGUAGACAGAUAGAUAAUAAGUGGAUUACUUGGCGUGCCUUCGCAAUUUCUCGAACAAUGAUAUUUUAUGUAAUAGGUGCCUCGUUGUAUCGAUGAUGAAUUGAUAAGUAAUAAAUAUGUAAAACAUUACCUAUGGGAUAACCAGGCUUGAGAAUCAUCAUUUUUAUCUACCGCGUAAGUUUUCAUAUUCGUAACAUAAUUGAAGUAAAAGACUUGUGAUAUUUUUUACU